UGUGUGACGGUCCAACAUGGGGAAAUUCGUGCUCUUCACUUUGGUCUGCUCAAUUUGUGCUGUGAUCGGUCAAACUGGUCCCACGGGACGUGUUGUGGGCGGCACCGAUGCCUAUGAGGGUCAGUUUCCGUUCCAGAUCUCGUUACGUCGCAACGGUUCUCUUACUUGUGGUGGAUCGAUCAUCAGUCGGAAUUUCGUGUUGACCGCAGCGCAUUGUGUAGGCACCACCAACUCCACAGGCGACUAUUACACUUACGAUCCCUCCGUUUUCACUGUGCGCGCCGGUUCAAACGAUCGUUUCCAAGGCGGAGUGGUGGUCAAUGUUCAAGAGAUUAUCACCCAUGAGGAUUAUGGGAAUUUCUUGAACGAUGUUGCGCUGCUUCGCUUAAGUCAACCAUUAAUUUUUUCAACUAAUAUUCAACCUAUUGAACUGGCAGAUAAAGAAUUAUCCAGCGGCACAUCGGUCAUCAUCUCCGGUUGGGGUCGCCUAAAGGCUGAUGGUGAUUUGCCACAAAAGCUUCAGUGGAAUACAUUGAGAGUAAUUUCGCGUGCUCAGUGCAGACUAGCCAUAAAUUGGGAUAGUGAUGCGCUCAUCUGCUUGGCUCACGCCGCUAAUAAUGGCGCUUGUAACGGGGACUCAGGUGGUCCAGCCAUACACGACGGCAAAGUGGUGGGAAUAGCUGGAUUCGUUUAUGGCGGUUGCGGCAAUAUCUACCCAGAUGGCUAUGCUAAGGUCUAUUAUCAUGUGGAGUGGAUCAAGAAACAUGCUGGCUUGUAAAUAUGUACAUGCAUAAGUAUGAGUAUAUGUAUGUAUAGAAGCAAUACGAUUGGAAUAAAAUUAUGUUUGGAUAUAAUUGGAAUAAU